CGCCUGAAGAAUUAGCAACCAAGCUUUGUUUUCCUAUUUGCAAGGCACAUUCUUAAAUGGUUUUUAUAUGGCGUUUUGUGAUCUCGCGGUGUUUUAGUUCCAAAGCAAGCAAGAAAAGGCAGUUUAUUGACUGGAAAAAAGUUAUCCUGAAGGCAGGAAAUGGUGGAAAUGGUUGCCUUCACUUUAAAAGACAAAAAUACCAACCCAGAGCUGGUCCAGAUGGGGGAGAUGGUGGGAGAGGAGGGAGUGUCAUUCUGAUCGCAGAUUACUCUGUUAAAGAGUUUGCUCAUCUUCCCAAACAUAUCAAGGCUGAAAAUGGUGGAGCUGGUAAGGCAGAUGACUGUAAGGGAAAGAAUGGCUCAGAUCAGAUGUGGCAGGUACCCCUGGGCACUGUUAUUAAAGAGCAAGGUCAUGUAAUAGCAGACUUGACUGCCAUGGGACAGACCUUUGUAGCUGCUCAAGGAGGCCUUGGUGGAAUGGGGAAUGCAUAUUUCAAGACACCAGAGGAUCGUGCACCCAAUAUUACCACUGAAGGGACCCCUGGAGAGGAAAAAGUUGUAGAGUUGGAGUUGAAGACAAUAGCUGAUAUUGGAUUGGUUGGUUUCCCUAAUGCAGGAAAAUCCACUCUUCUAAGAGCAAUUUCUCGGGCAAUGCCAGCAGUUGCUGCUUAUCCUUUCACCACCAUUAAUCCCUAUGUUGGAAUUGUAGAGUUUGAAGAUUACCAGCAAAUUGCAGUAGCAGAUAUUCCUGGUUUAAUAAGUGGAGCACAUCUGAACAAAGGGUUAGGACAUGCUUUCCUACGACAUAUUGAACGAUGCCACUGUCUGCUGUAUGUUUUGGACAUUUCUUGCACAGACUCACUGACAACUUUUGCUUCCUUACGGCGAGAAUUGGAGCUUUACAAGGAACAACUAUCACAGAGACCAGCAGCCAUUGUGGCUAACAAAGUAGACAUUGCUAAUUCAGAGACAGAAAUCCAACAACUACAGAACACUUUCCCUCUUCCAGUUAUACCUGUAUCAGCAAAGUAUGGAAAGGGUAUACCAGAGCUGAAAAAAGAACUUCGAAAACUUUUCAAUGACACUGUUGUAAUUUCUUGACUUUUAAUUCACAUUCAACGAAAGAUGCAAGAAAAGACAAAUCUUUAGCUUUUAUUUAAAAAUAGCUUUUUAUUGGGUCACUUUGUAGGUUGUUCCAGAAAGUAAUACUCAUUCAGUAGCCAUAAGCAAACUAUUUACAUUGAUGUCCUCUGCAUAAAAAAUUAAUUUUAGUACAACAUGAUGAUAAAAAUAUGUACUAGUGAAUAACAAAAAUAGUAACACUUUGCAAUAAAUACCUCUGGUUAUUUCAUCCUAACUUUUGUACAGCCCAAGGGGUCAAACAUCCAAUUCUUUUUAUGCACUUGCUAUUGCAUGAAUGGGUAGUAGUCUAUUAAAUUCUAAAGCUAAACUAACAUGAUUAUAGAAUGGCAAGUAACAACUAUUCACUAAAGUGGAGGUGGCCAAUGGUGAAUAUUUACGGAGCUGUAAGUAUGUACUAAAACAGUGAGAAGUAUAGCCUAAAAAGAUUAUUUAAACUUGUUUACUCCUGCAACACUUAUAAUAUUCUUGGACCCAGAUCCAGUGCAAAUUGCCUGGAAGUGAGCCCCAAAGAUUAUUUGGAGUUCGAGUGGCUAAUAAGAGCGUGCCUUCAACACUAUCAACUGUUAGUAUAUACUAAUUAUGAAUAAUCAAAAUCAUAAGUCAUCUUUAAAAACCCUAUAUCCAAAUUUAAACUCGUAGUCAUGCAAACAUUCCAAUGAACACAAUAUCCUACAUUUUCAUCAUAAUAUUAAAUAUAUGUUUUUUGAACACAAUAAUGAUUGGAGAAAUAUGACUUCAUUUGUAUUCCCCUAUCAUGGUUCACAUUCUUGUCAAUUUUACAUACUUUUCAUAUCUUAUUUAAGGGUUGUUACAACUAGAAAGACAAUUGUAAGCUGAUUUGGCUGUAAAAGCAUAUUGCCCAUGAUACAAUGCAAACUCUGCCACAGUCACAAUCUAAGCCAAGUUGUUCAGAACACAUUUGUCCUAACCUUGCAUUGGAGUAAACUUACUAGGCUUUGUAGCUUUCCCAUGAGAUAUACUCCCUCUCAAACAAUUUGCCCCAGGAUGACAAACUUUUCUUUGUCUUACUAAGAAGUCUUCAUCUUUCCAUUGUAAGAAGUGAAGUGUAACUUCUCUGUACAAGUUCAGUUCAUUAUUCAAAAUAUGUAGAAGGAUUCAAGGACAGAGAGUGUUUGAAAAAACUCUUGACAGACAGUACUAGGAGACAGUAACCAGAAGCUAGCUUUCAGGAUAAUCCUUCAUGUAUGUCACAGCAAUUUGAUUGCAAUUACACAAUG